AUGGCGAUGAAUUUCUCCCCUUCAACUCCAGUGGGUUCCAUCUAUCAACAAAAACCUCACGUCUCUGCCAAAGCUCUUCUUUCCUUCCAGCCCCGAGAUUCUCCCAUUUCACGGUGGAAAAAUGCGUCCUGGGGCGCGGCUUCCAACUAUGUCAAGCUUCAGGUUCGGGUUGUGCGGGGUUUUGCUGUUAGGUCCCCUGUCGUUAGGUCACAAUCGAAGGAUAAGCGAGGAGACAUCAGGUGUGCAACCAUUGAGGAAAUAGAAGAGGAGAAAUCUUUGAUUGAAGAAGAUGUUAAAGAGAGAAUGGACAAGACUAUUGAUUCUAUCCGCUCGAAUUUCAAUUCGAUCAGAACAGGGAGAUCAAACCCUGCAAUGCUUGAUAAAAUUGAGGUGGAGUACUAUGGAACACCAACAAGCCUGAAAAGCAUUGCUCAAAUCAGUACCCCUGAUUCGAGUUCGCUACUGGUGAAACCCUAUGACAAAUCUGCGUUGAAGUUAAUUGAGAAGGCCAUUGUCAACUCUGACCUCGGUAUGACCCCAAACAAUGAUGGAGAGGUUAUCAGAUUGUCCAUCCCGCAACUAACAUCAGAGAGGAGAAAGGAAUUAUCGAAAAUUGUGGCUAAACAGGCUGAGGAAGGGAAGGUCGCAAUAAGGAACAUAAGAAGAGAUGCCAUCAAAGCUUAUGAAAAACUUGAGAAGGAGAAAAAGCUUUCUGAAGACAAUGUUAAAGAUUUAUCUAGUGAUCUACAGAAAGUGACAGAUGAGUACAUGAAGAAGAUAGAUUCGCUCUUCAAGCAGAAGGAGAAGGUAACAUUCCAAAUCGAACUCCUUUCACAUGUAAUGAUUUCAGAAUCUUACAGGAUCGAAACUGUGCAGUUCCAGUAACAUGUUAAAGAAAGAAAAUCGUAAAAACCUUGGGUGUAACUUGUAAGGUUGGGGGUCUGUUAAAGGUACAACAUAAAUGCGUAAUACUAAUGUGGCCUGCUCCUAAAUGCCAUUGAUUGAUGAGCAUUACUUAUUGGUGUUGAUUCUUUUAACCAGAGGAAGAAAGUGAAAAUCCAUUGGCUUGGCUAAUAACAGUUCUUGGCUAGUUGCUGAGUCAAUUUACUGAUUUAUUCAAGAUGAUUUUUUUUUUCUUUUCCUGAAGCUGCUUUGUUCACUUUGUUGUCUUUGCUUUUUCCAGGAGUUGAUCACAGUUUGAUGUAAGUUAUAGCUUACAGAUAGUGAGAAAGUUUCCUUCUGCUGUGGCGACC